CCUCGUGGUGGUUCGAGGGACACUCGACAGACCUAAAAGUUGUUGGAUUGUUAGAGUGAGAGGAGAUCGGUGAUCAGGUUGAAGACAAAACGAUUGUGAACCGCAUACCCCCUCCUGUGCAGUAUUUUGUUCCCAAACCAGUGAUUGAGCAGUUGGGCGGAGUGAGAAACCCCUUGGGAUUGCUGGAUUCCAUUUUCUCAAUUUAGUGUUUGCAGUUUUGGAGCGUGUCUAGGUGCUUAGCUCAGUGUGGCAUUCGUGGUUGCGGUGGUUAGGAAGGCUAGGCAAGAUGAACGACAUGGAGGUUUCGCAGCAAGUCCAGCAGAUGGUGCAGUUCAUACGCCAGGAAGCGGAGGAGAAGGCCAAUGAGAUCUCUGUAUCUGCCGAGGAGGAAUUCAACAUUGAGAAGUUACAGAUUGUAGAAGCUGAAAAGAAGAAAAUUCGGCAGGAGUUUGAGCGUAAGGAGAAGCAAGUGGAAGUUCGCCGUAAAAUUGAAUAUUCAACGCAGCUGAAUGCUUCCCGAUUGAAGUUACUGCAAGCACAGGACGACCUGGUCCGCAAGAUGAAAGAAGCAGCUGAGAAUCAGCUGCGGAAAGAGGCCGCUGAGAAGCAGCUCCAGAUGGUUGGAUCCAGUGAUAAUGAGGACUAUCCCAAACUUCUCGAAGCGCUUAUCAUCCAAGGCUUGUUGAGGCUGAAAGAGCACUCAACACAGCUGCGGUGCCGUGAGCAAGAUCUUGAGAUAGUUCAGUCAGUGAUCGGAUCAACGAAGCAGGCAUAUGCAGAGAAACUGAAUGUCGAUGUACCGGAGGUGUUUGUCGACGAGGAGCAUUUCCUUCCUGGGCCACCAGGGUCAUCUAACCACGGCUCCUCCUGUACUGGGGGAGUGGUAUUGGCUACCAAAGAUGGGCGCAUCGUGUUGGAGAACACUUUGGACGCACGUUUGGAGGUUGUGUUCAAGCAACAACUCCCUGAGAUAUUCUGGUGAACCUGAUGCAUGGCGCAACGUAUAUUACUUUGAUUCGAAAGCGGCUCUUUCCUUCGGGCGGUCAAGCGGGUGCUUAGGGUUCGGAUAAUUCGAUUAGCCCGUUUUGUCUGCUCUUGUGAAUCUGCUGGAAGUGGCCCAGUCCAGAGUUCAUAUUUCCGUUUCUGUGAGAUUUUGAUAUUUUUAACAAUAGAAUAGCCAGCAUCAUCUUGUUAUGUACUUGCUUCUUGGUCACUACCUUUUUUGCAGUUCCUUGUCACCUGUGUAAGUUUUACAAUAGGCAUAUGCUACAUUGAGGAAUUUAAGGCUUAAGCCUUCGCAUAUGGACGUCGAAGAUUGUUGAAGCUAGGUUUUUAAUUUUUAAUUUUCAAUUUAUUUUGUUUAAAGAAAGUGUUCAACCAUUUCUUCAUUUUCCUCA